CAUCCCUAAUAAGGACUCGAGGACGAAAAGCUGAAGAGGUUUCGGGUCAUCCGGAAUCGGUAACGCUUACCCGUCCUCACCACUCGCGCCGUCUCCCUCGCUUCGCAGCCAUGGUGAAGAGGCUCAGGCGCAAGGGCGACGCCUCCUCCGCGCCGCCGCCCAAGGCCGCCGCCCCUGGGUCGACCAAGCCCAACAAGUUUAAGAAGAAGGGGGUCAAAACCGAUCCGGAGAAGUUGAAGGGCAUCUCUGAGGCCUCUGCUUCGGCGCAGACACCCGCCCCGAAACCAGUCAAGACUAGUCCGGCGGCGGCGGCGGCCGCCGGAGCAGAGACUGCAGAUGACCGGGUCGCGCAGAGCAAAACGGAGGAUAGGAAGAUGAGUAGGAAGGAGACGGUGAAGGGGAGAGAGGAGAAGAAGGGAGAGGGGGCCAGUGACGGGGUCGCCCAGAGCAAGACGGAGGGGGAGGCUAAAGAGAGAGCGACGAGUAGGAAGGAGAUGAUGAAGGGGAGGGAAGAGGAGCGUGUGAAGAGGGAACAGAAGAGAAGGAAGACGACGGGGAAGGAAAAGGAGGAACAAAGUGGCUCGGGAUUCAUAUUCAUGUGCAGUGCGAGGACGAAGCCAGAGUGCUACCGGAACGGCGUGUUUGGCCUGCCUAGGGGGAAGAUGGAUGUGGUGGAGAAGAUCCGGCCAGGGGCGAAACUCUUCUUGUAUGAUUUUGACCUCAAGCUAAUGUAUGGGGUGUACAAGGCAGAUACAAGGGGAGGAUUGGAUCUUGUGCGACAUGCCUUUGAUGGGAAAUUCCCUGCACAGGUUAAAUUUAGCGUUGACAUGGAUUGUCUACCUAUUCCCGAGAGUAGUUUCAAGAAUGCCAUUAAGGAGAACUACUCCUCAAAAGGCAGGUUCAGCCAGGAGCUCAACUCUAAACAAGUUCAAAGGCUAUUGGCAAUGUUCAAGCCUAUUGGCCUUUCUCACCCAGCUCCACAACAUAUUGAGGAAGUGCGACGAUCACAUAUCUUUGAAGAUAUUCAAAAACCGAGUGAUUAUGAAGAAAGAAGACGAUUGCAACAUAUUGAAGAAAGGGGUGCGCCUAUUAAUGUCCAUGCACAUCCUCUUGAAGAUCAGUACAAGAUCACACGAUCAUUAAAUCCUCCACUUCUUGACGAGCCUCGACGUGGUGUGGUGCUAGAUCCUUAUCACAUGCAAGAGCCUCAACAUGUUCCUCUUAGUUACUAUCACCAAGUGGCUACUAGGUCUCCAUACCAUCAACCUCAUAUGGAUAUUAUGCAUGAAAGAACUGCAGCUGAGGCUACUGUCAGGGAUCCACUUCUGGUGAGAGAUCACCGAGCACUGCCAGGAGAGCUUGCUGCACGGUCUGAACGUGUGGAUGAGCUGUACCGUUCCUACAAACUCUCUACACGCGCAAUGGACCUCAAUCCGGGAGCAUCCUACUCCUAUCAGACAAUUUAUGAGCACCCGACUAGUGUUUAUGGUGAAGGCAUUCAGAGGCCAAUUUUGACAAGGGUCAAUGGCUCAAGCGUGCCUGUGUCCACCCGUUAUUCCUUUGCUGGCCCACUCGGAUAUUGAUGAUCACCCAGAUGCACUCAACUUGGCUCCAGCCAUUUUACCAGGCAACGGCUUCUUGUACACUGUUGGAAGCCAGGAUAGAACUUGAUGGUAGUAGCUUUGCAGUUUAUCUAUCGCCUUUGGUUUCUUUUGCAAGAUAAAUGUAUGAAAUGAAAUGUGGGCCUCGUUUGACCCAAGUUGUUUAAACAAAAAUGCAAAGAGAUGAAUGGCUUUGUGUCCAUUCGCAGGUGUUUUUUUCGUU